AGGAGAGAAGUGCGAUCCCGUGCUGGAUGGAUGGUUAUGGGGAAAGGCGCAGGACCCUCGGCGCUAGAAGUCGGCAAGAUCCUCACAAUAUUUCUUUACCUCUUCCCUGCAGUGAGUCUGCAGUGUAAGAUACUGAAGUGUAACUCGGAGUUCUGGGCCUCCACGUCCCGCGCGGGCCCGGAGGAGGAGUUCUGCACCGCCCUGCGCGCCUACAACACCUGUGUCCGCCGCACCGCCCGCACCUGCCGGGGCGACCUGGCCUACCACUCCGCCCAGCACGGCAUCGAGGACCUCAUGAGCCAGCACAACUGCUCCCGGGAGGGCCCCACCUCCCAGCCCCGCCCACGGACCCCGCCCCCGCCUCGCCCCGACAGCCAGGAGCGCUCGGACAGCCCGGAGCUGUGCCAUUACGAGCGAAGCCUGCCCCGCCACGCUGCUCCCCUGAACUACACCCACUGCGGCUUCUUCGGGGACCCGCACCUGCGCACAUUCAGCGACGACUUCCAGACCUGCAAGGUGGAGGGGGCGUGGCCUCUCAUCCACAACAAGUACCUGUCCGUGCAGGUGACCAACACGCCAGUUGUGCCCGGCUCCUCAGCUACAGCCACCAGCAAGCUGACCAUCAUCUUCAAGAACUUCCAGGAGUGCGUGGAUCAGAAGACGUACCACGCUGAGACGGAUGAGCUGCCAGCGGCGUUCGCGGAUGGCUCGAAGAAUGGCGGGGAGCGGCACGGCGCCGGCGCCCUGCGCGUGGUGGAGAAGGUUCCGGGCCAGCACGUGGAGAUCCAGGCCCGCUACAUCGGCACCACCAUUGUGGUGCGGCAGGUGGGGCGCUACCUCACCUUCGCCGUGCGCAUGCCCGAGGAGGUUGCCACCUCCACCGAGGACGGCGACAACCAGGACCUGUACCUGUGUCUGCACGGUUGCCCGCUCAACCAGCGCAUCGAUUUCCGGACCUUCAGGGCACGGGCGGCUGAGGGCCACGCCCCUGCCGUGCGGGUUAGGGGGGCCACCCCUCCUCACCACGGAUUCACAUACUCAUCAGCGGUGGCCAAGUGCAAAGAGCGCCUCCCGGUGGAGGACCUGUACUUCCAGUCCUGCGUCUUUGACCUGCUGACAUCCGGAGACGUUAGCUUCAGCCUGGCGGCCUACUACGCCUUCGAGGACGUGAAGAUGCUGCACUCAAACAAGGACAGGUACCACAUUUUUGAGAGGCCCACGGGGGUGGGGAAUUCAGCCGCCCGUGGCCCCUCGGGCACGCCGCUGCUGUUCCUUCUGGCGCUGUUGCUGUGGGUACAGUGUGGUUUCACGCAGCUAUAGCAACGCCGUGGUAACAUGGCGCUUGCACAGACCCCUGCCCGCAAAACACUCCAUUUCACCAUGUCGGACCUCAACUCUCGUUCCCUUGGUGCGUGCUUGGGGUGCACAUGUUCCCCACCUUCCCCCAGACGAUGGGGGCAAGGGCAGGGCACAGUGCUUCAACCACAG